AUGAAGCUAAAGUUCAAAUCUCUUCAAGGCUCUACCUUUACAGUAGAUGCAGAGUCCAGUGAUUCAAUCGCCACUGUCAAAGGUAAAAUCGAAUCGCAGCAAGGAUUUCAAGUCUCUCAACAAAAGAUCAUCUACUCUGGAAAAAUCUUGACUGAUGCAGAUACAGUUCAAUCAUGUGGCGUUUCAGAAAAAGAUUUUUUGGUAUUAAUGGUAUCCAAGCCUAAAGCUGCCAAACCUGCAGCAUCAUCGUCAGCAGCCGCCUCUGCUCCUGCAGAAGCUGCCCCAGCCGCGACACCAGCAAGUGCUCCCGAUGCAUCUGCCACAGCUACAGCACCAGCUCCACAAGCAGCAGCUACCUCUGCCGCCCCUACCGAAGCUGCUUCAACUGUCCCAGCCGCUGCUCCAGCUGAAUCGGGACCUCCUGGAUCAUCACAAUUUCUCACUGGUUCAGCAUUAGAGCAAGCUGUUAACAACAUUGUGGAAAUGGGAUUCGAGAAGAGCGAAGUGCAAAAGGCAAUGCGUGCAAGUUUCAACAAUCCCGAAAGAGCCGUUGAAUACUUGAUGACUGGCAUUCCCGAACACCUUUCCCAACCUCAAGCACCUGCUGCUCCCGCCCCUGGAGCAGGUGCCGGUGCAGGAACUGGUGCAGCCCAACAAGAGUCUGCCGCUCCUACCGCCACACCCGCACAACCUGCUGCCCCACCAGCUGCUACAACUAACCCUCGAAGCGGAAAUUUGUUCGAAGCAGCAGCCGCUCAAGCACAAGGUGGUGGCGGUCGCGCAGGCGGUGCUGGAAGAGGAGGUGCAGGUGGUGAUAGUUUGGCUGCCUUGCGUGAUUUGGGUGAAGAUGAUGGAAGUGGCAACACAGCUCUCGAUUUAGGCAAUCCGGCUAUGAUUGGUCAAUUACGACAAUUGGUUCAACAAAAUCCUGCCGCUUUGGCUCCUUUAGUUCAAGCUUUGGCACAGAGCAAUCCUCAGCUAGCAAAUGCAAUGGCAGAUGAUCCAGAAGCCGUUUUGAACUUGUUGGCAAACAAUGCUGUUGGAGGCGAAGAAGGAGAUGAAGGCGUCAAUCUACCCAGCAUCGGCGAUCUUGGUCAAGAAGAUAGAACUGCAGUUGAACAAAUUAUUGCUAUGGGUAUUGAAGAAAACAAAGCAAUAGAGGUAUACCUUAUGUGUGGAAGGAAUGUGGAAAUGGCCAUCCAAUAUUACUUUGAUAAUCCGCAAGAUUUCGAAGAUUAA